AUGACUGACGUCAACCUAGAGGCUAAUGCCUCCGUCUCCGCGAAAUCCCCCAUUGAGCGCAAGCCUGUGGGAGGCAUCCCACCCGAGAACACCUCCGCCGAACCGCUCCUACCUCAACGACCAGCUCAAGACACAGACGAGAAGACUGUCGAGGCCGUAAGCUGCGACACUUGUUCGGUACCGCGUAAAGCUGCUUCAUCCAGAAGCAAGUCUCCCCCGUCACCGAUCAAGAUCGACAAGACACAGCCCGAGGACUUUGAGGGCGAGCUUGCGACGAACAACGAUCUCCCAUCAGCUGCGACUCUGAAGAAGAUCGAGAAGUACAUCGUUCUUGACAGACAUGGGAAAUCACACCCUUUCAAGACCCUCUACACUGGAAGCAAUGUCGCACGACGUGUGCUUAUCAUCUUUGUCAGGCACUUCUUCUGUGGCAAUUGCCAGGAAUUCCUUCGCUCUCUAUCCGGAGCCGUAACGCCCGAAGCUCUCCUACGCUUGCCAGUGAGCACAUUUAUCGCCGUUAUCGGAUGUGGCGAUCCUGCUCUUAUCGACAUGUACGUUAACGAGACAGGCUGUCGCUUCCCUGUGUAUACCGACCCGACAAGGUCGAUAUUCGACGCCCUAGGCAUGUCGAAGACGCUCCAGCUGGGCACUAAGCCAGCCUACAUGCGUCGGAGUAUGAUGCAUAGCAUCGUGGGUAGUAUAGUCCAGGGCGUCAAGCAGAUCCCCACUGGAAAUGUUCUCAAGAUGGGUGACCAGCGCCAAGUCGGUGGUGAAUUCCUGUUUGAACCUCGAGAUAUCCUCACACCCGUUUCAACACCACGGAACGAAAUCGCACAACCUAUCAGCGCAUUUGAUGAAGGAGAAGAGAAGGGAGCGGAACAGGAUGGUCAUGGAAACGAGGAGAAGAGAGUAACGUGGUGCCAUCGCAUGAAGACGACGCGCGAUCACGCCGAGAUCCCUGAACUGAUUGAAGUGUUGGGACUGGACCAGAACACAGCCGUUGGGAAGGAUGUGAACCGUGGUUCGAUCACAUCAGCCCGCAAGGGCAAAGGGCAUAGCAUGGCACAAGAGAUCCGAAAGUUGAGCGCCGAGAGAUCUAGAACAUCUAACGAGACAUGA